AUGAACGACCUCUUCUCGAGCUCCUUCAAGCGAUACGGCGGCGACCUCGAAACGGGCUCCGGCGGCACCGCCCGAACAGAAGGCGUCAACCUCGACAAAUUCUUCGAUGACGUGGAAUCGGUCAAACGCGACAUGUCCGACGUGGACCGCCUCUACUGCCGCCUCCAGGAGCUCAACGAGGAGUCCAAAACCGUCCACAGCGCCGCCACCGUGAAGGACCUCCGGUCCCGCAUGGAUGCCGACGUGGCGCAGGUCCUCAAGCGCGUAAAAACCAUCAAAUCCAAGCUCGAGGCCCUUGAUCGGUCAAACGCGGCCCACCGCCGAGUCCCCGGAUGUGGGCCGGGCUCCUCCGCCGACCGGACCCGAACCUCCGUAGUUUCGGGCCUCGGCAAAAAACUCAAGGACACGAUGGACGAUUUCCAAGGCCUUCGGGCUCGAAUGAACGCCGAGUAUAAAGAAACUGUCGAGCGGCGCUACUUUACUGUCACCGGCGAGAAACCGGACGACGAGCUAGUCGAGAGCAUGAUAUCGAGCGGGGAAAGCGAGAGCUUCUUGCAAAAAGCGGUCGAGGAGCAAGGGAAAGGUCGGAUUUUGGACACGAUAACCGAGAUUCAAGAAAGGCACGACGCGGUGAAAGAAAUCGAGCGCAACCUCGUCGAGCUGCACCAGAUAUUUCUCGACAUGGCGGCAUUAGUCGAGGCGCAAGGGCAACAGUUGAACGAUAUCGAGAGCCACGUGGCGCAUGCGAGCUCGUUCGUGAGGAGGGGAACCGAGCAGUUGCAAGAGGCGAGGGAGUAUCAAAAGGGGUCUCGAAAGUGGUAUUGUGUUGCGGUUUUGUUAGUGAUCGUGCUCGUGGCACUGCUCACGUUUCCUGUAUGGUCGCAGCUUUUGCUAGCGAGUCUUUGA